AUUUCUUCACACGCUGUGGGGACCGACACCCAUUUCUUCACCUCAUCAACGCACACACAACCAAUCCCAAUUUAAACUGUAGUAGAUAUAGAGCCGUUUCUCUCUGCAUCUAUAUUUAAUUUUUGAAACACUCUCUUUCUCUCUAUAGUGUGUCAUUAUUGUCUCUUUUCUGUGUAACUUUCUCUUGAGAUCCUUCUCCUCCAAUUGAUUAUGUAAAACGCUGCAACCAAAAAAAGCAAGAAAAAAGUGGGCUUUCCCCCCCUUCUUCGAUUGUUUUCAUUGAUUUUUAAAGUCUUGUUGUCGAACUACAGAACAUGGUUGGUUUCUGCAGUUUCUCUCUUUUAGCUCUCAAUAUCUGCUUGCUGCUGGGCUCUUCUUUUGCUGAUGAUCCAUAUGCUAACUUUGAGUUCGUGGUUUCGUACAUUACUGCUUCCCCACUUGGUGUUCCUCAGCAGGUAAUUGCUGUGAAUAAAAAGUUUCCCGGUCCCACAAUCAAUAUAACAACCAACAACAAUGUUGUUGUCAAUGUGAGAAACAAACUAGAUGAGAACCUCUUAAUCCAUUGGUCUGGGAUUCAGCAGAGGAGGAGUUCAUGGCAGGAUGGGCUGCUCGGCACAAACUGCCCCAUCCCACCAAAGUGGAACUGGACUUACCAGUUUCAGGUCAAGGACCAAGUUGGGAGCUUCUACUACUUCCCUUCACUCAACUUCCAGAAGGCAUCAGGAGGUUUUGGGAGCAUUAUUGUGAAUAAUAGGGCGAUUAUUCCUAUCCCUUUCGACACCCCUUAUGGGGAUAUCACCAUUGUGAUAGGUGACUGGUACAUCCAGAAUCAUACGGCGCUGAGGAAGACCCUCAAUGCUGGGAAAGAUCUUGGGAUGCCAGAUGGGGUCCUGAUUAAUGGAAAAGGACCUUAUAGGUAUAAUGAUACUCUUGUCCCUGCCGGCAUUGACUAUGAAACGCUUUCAGUGGAACCAGGCAAAACCUACCGGCUCCGUGUCAGCAAUGUUGGAAUUUCAACUAGUUUAAAUUUCAGGAUUCAGAACCAUAACUUGCUCUUAGCAGAAAGUGAGGGUUCAUAUACAGUACAGCAGAACUACACUAGCUUAGACAUACAUGUCGGACAAUCGUACUCCUUUCUGGUGACCAUGGAUCAAAAUGCAAGCAGCGACUACUACAUUGUUGCUAGUGCAAGGUUUGUCAACGAGACCAUAUGGCAGAGAGUCACUGGUGUUGGCAUCUUGCAUUACUCAAAUUCAAAAGGAAAGGCAUCUGGUCCACUUCCCCCCGGACCACAAGACCAAUUCGAUAAGACAUAUUCAAUGAACCAGGCGAGAUCUAUUAGGUGGAAUGUGACUGCUAGUGGUGCUCGCCCAAAUCCUCAAGGUUCCUUUAGAUAUGGUUCAAUCAAUGUGACUGAUGUGUAUGUUCUCAAGAACAAGCCUCCGGUGACGAUUGAUGGGAAAAGACGAACAACACUUAGUGGGAUUUCCUUUGUUAAUCCUGCAACACCGAUCAGACUUGCGGAUGAGUACAAGGAGAAGGGAACAUACAAGCUAGACUUCCCUACCAAGCCGAUUACAGGGCCACCUCGGAUGGAAACAUCAGUUAUCAAUGGCACAUACAGGGGAUUUAUGGAAGUGAUACUUCAGAACAACGACACCAAGGUUCAAACAUAUCACAUGAGUGGAUAUGCCUUUUUUGUCGUGGGAAUGGACUAUGGUGAAUGGACAGAGAAUAGCAGGGGUACAUACAAUAAGUGGGAUGGUAUUGCUAGAAGCACAGCACAGGUAUAUCCUGGAGCAUGGACAGCAAUUCUGAUCUCCAUGGACAAUGUCGGAGUCUGGAAUCUAAGAACUGAAAACCUCGACUCCUGGUAUCUAGGACAAGAAACGUACGUGAGGGUGGUGAAUCCAGAGCCAAAUAACAAAACAGAGUUCCCAAUGCCAGAUAAUGCCCUCUUCUGUGGUGCACUAAGCAAAAUGCAGAAGCCACAGGAUAUAUCCUCUGCGAGCAGCAUGCAGAGGUGGUUGGCCGGCUUCAUACUGAUGAUCUCUGUGCUGUUUUCAGCGUUUGCCUGAGAAGUUCUUCGUUGGCGCCUCGUUUGUUGCUGUCUGGCGGGGGAAGCCUGGCCUUUGGUUUUGAGAACUGUUAUUAUGAGAUUUCAUUAUGUGAUUCUAGUAAUUGUUGAUAGGAAUUUUAAGACGUUUUAACCUCUUUUUUUUCUCUUCUUUUUAAUUAUUCUAUUGCCGGCUGUAGUAUUAUUAUAUGCUCCCGGAGUCUUUGUUUAAACUGUGUGGAUUCAUUAUCAUUCUUUUAUCACUUUAAUUUAACUCUUGAUGUAAUGAAGAUUCAUCAAAUUUUCUUA